CGAAGCUCCCGAGAGGUCCCAACAAUGGCGCCCCUCCUUCUUCUCCUUCCCCUUCCCCACACCCAAUCCCUCCCUCCGCAUUACUCAUCCCUACCUGCCAUGCCGAUGCGCCAUGAACCACCUCAACAUCCGCUUCGUGCCGCUCCCCAACCCGACCUCCGCCAUCCGCGACCGCCACAAGGACUGGUGGCUCCAGAUCCAGGAUCCGAGCAGCGAGCGCGUCAUCCGAUGGAACCGUAUCUUCUUCGCGACCUCGCUCGUCUCCCUCUUCGUCGAUCCUCUCUUCUUCAUCCUCCUCGGCUUCCUCCCCGACCGCUAUUGCCUCAAGAUGGACUACGGCUGGGCCGGGUCGCUCGUCGCCAUCCGCACCAUUUGCGACAUGUUCUCCGGCUUCAACAUUUUGAUGAAAUUCCGCACCGCCUACGUCGCGCGUGACACUCGCGUGUUUGGGAGAGGUGAUUUGGUUACGGAUCCGGCCAUGAUUGCUCGAUACUAUUUGAACAAAGAUUUCGCCAUUGAUCUCGCCGCAGCGCUUCCCCUUCCACAGUGUGUAAUUUGGGGAUUUAUGCCAUCUGUGAUGUCAAGAACAACAACCAAUGUUAACCAUACAAUUACCUUUCUCAUCAUCCUUCAAUACAUUCCGAAACUCAUGGUUGUGUUCCCUCUGAAUGCUCGAAUUAUUAAGAACACCGGCGUCGUCGCCACGACUGCUUGGACAGGGGCCGCCUAUAAUCUCAUCCUCUUCUUGUUAGCCGGUCAUGUUUUGGGAUCAGUAUGGUAUUUAUUGGCUGUCGAACGAAUAUUUAUAUGCUGGAGGGUUUAUUGUAAAAAAGAGAAAGGUUUUUGCAACAUGAAGUAUCUUGAUUGUUCGUCCAACGGCCCUGAAUAUCACAAGUGGUAUAACUCUACGAAGAUCUACAAGAGGUGUAAUCCGGAAGAUAGCGACUUUAAUUUUGGAUUGUUUGGCGACGCCUUGACUGAUGACGUUCCUUCUGCAAGUUUCUUCCAGAAAUACUUUUACAAUCUCUGGUUUGGCUUGAGAAGUCUGUGUUCAUACGGUCAGAGCAUGAAAGCGACGCCUUUUCUAGUCGAAACAAGCUUCAGUAUUGUGAUAUGUCUUAUGGGAUUGGUCUUCUUUGCGCUGCUAAUCGGAAAUGUACAGACUUAUUUACAAUCGACCACGGCAAGACUUGAAGAAUGGAGAAUCAAGCGGAAAGAUACCGAGGAAUGGAUGAGGCAUCGCCAGCUACCUGACAAUCUGCAAGACCGUGUGCGCCGAUUCGUUCAAUACAAUUGGCAGUCGACGAGAGGAGUGAAGGAGGACGAGCUUCUUCAAGCGUUACCGUUAGACUUGCGACGCCUAAUUCAAAAGCAUCUUUGCCUCGACCUUGUUCGCCGGGUUCCAUUCUUCUCGAAAAUGGACGACCAGCUCCUGGACGCGAUAUGCGGGCGACUCGUUUCUUCCCUCCACACAAAAUGCACCUACAUUGUCCGCGAAGGCGACCCCGUAAACGAAAUGCUUUUCAUAAUCCGUGGCCAGCUCGAAAGUUCGACGACCGACGGAGGUCGUUCUGGGUUCUUCAAUUCCAUCACCCUCAAACCCGGCGAUUUCUGCGGCGAGGAGCUCCUAACGUGGGCCCUAAUGAUCGGCCCAAAUCUCAACCGUCCAGCCUCGACCCGGACCGUCAAAUGCAUCACCGAAGUCGAGGGCUUCGCUCUCCGUGCAGACGAUCUCAAAUUCUUCGCCAACCAAUUCAAGCGGCUCCACAGCAAGAAACUGCAGCACGUUUUCCGGUACUACUCGCACCAAUGGCGGACUUGGGGGGCCCGCAUUUUGCAGGCGGCGUGGAGGCGGCAUAAGCGGCGGAAACUCGCCGAGGAAUUGGCGAGGCACGAGAGCAUGUGUUACACGCAGUCAUCGUCAUCGUCAGAUGACGACGAAGAUGACGGCAAUCGAGCUUCGUCGGAAAGUCAUGCCCUGCGGACUACUUUCUUGGCGUCGAGAUUUGCCGCGAACACGAGACGGGGCCGGAAGGUUUGGUUCGCCGAGCCUACGAUGCCGAAGCUUCUGAAGCCCGGCGACCCGAACUUCUGAAAAUUUUGCGAAGGAAAUGUAUUCCGGGUAUGUGCAUAGUAUUCGUAUUAAGUUACGACAUCUGUCUGUCUCUAAGGGUCGUAUUUACAUUUUGCGUCAUUAUACUUAACAUUAAAAAUAAUAUUCUUAUAUUUGUGUAAUUUUUGUAUAAAUAUCAUUCGAUUAGUAUUAUAUUUUUGCAACUUUUUCUUAACGU